GCCCCCGCCACGUGACGGCCGCGCGGUGGGGUUCCACUGGACGCCGGCCUCCUGCCGCAGAGGCGGGUGAAGGGCCGGCGGCCACGCCGCGGGGUGCGCGGACCGAGGGAGCGGGUCGUGGGGACGCGCCCGCAUGGGGACGGCGCCGGCGGACGCCUGAGGACAGCGGGGCUAGCGGAGCGGGCCGCCUCGCGCAUCCUUUGAGCCGCCUCGCGCCUGCGGCAUCGGCGGCGGCGGGCCGCGGCACCGGCGCGGCCAUGGCGACCGGCUCGCAGCAGAAGGAGAACACGCUGCUCCACCUCUUCGCCGGCGGUGUUGCCUUUCAAGAAAAGAACUGGAAGAAAAACCACCCACAAACCAACACCGAGAAGUGCGGGGGCACGGUUGGUGCUAUUUUCACUUGUCCACUCGAAGUCAUUAAGACAAGACUGCAGUCUUCGAAAUUAGCUCUGCGGACAGUCUAUUACCCUCAGGUCCACCUGGGGGCCAUUGAUGGAGCUGGAGUGGUGAGACCAACAUCAGUGACGCCUGGACUUCUACAGGUUCUGAAGUCAAUCUUGGAGAAGGAGGGACCAAAGUCACUUUUUAGAGGCUUGGGUCCAAAUUUGGUUGGAGUUGCACCAUCAAGGGCUGUGUACUUUGCAUGUUACUCCAAAGCCAAAGAGCAGUUCAAUGGCAUUUUCGUGCCUAACAGCAACAUUGUGCACAUUUUCUCAGCUGGCUCUGCAGCUUUUGUCACAAAUUCCCUAAUGAAUCCUAUAUGGAUGGUUAAAACCCGGAUGCAGCUAGAACGGAAGGUGCGCGGCUGCAAGCAGAUGAACACGCUCCAGUGCGCGCGCCACGUGUACCAGACGGAAGGCAUUCGUGGCUUCUAUCGGGGAUUAACUGCCUCGUAUGCGGGGAUCUCAGAAACUGUCAUCUGCUUUGCUAUUUAUGAAAGUCUGAAGAAGUAUCUGAAGGACUCUCCACUCACCCCCUCUGCAAAUGGGACUGAGAAGAAUUCCGCAAGUUUUUUUGGACUCAUGGCAGCUGCUGCUGUGUCUAAGGGAUGUGCCUCUUGUGUCGCCUAUCCUCACGAAGUGAUCAGGACACGGCUGCGGGAGGAGGGCACCAAGUACAAGUCUUUUGUCCAGACCGCUCGGCUGGUCUUCCGGGAAGAAGGCUACCUUGCCUUCUAUAGAGGACUCUUUGCCCAGCUCAUCCGGCAGAUCCCAAACACAGCCAUUGUGCUGUCCACCUAUGAGCUAAUCGUGUACCUGUUGGAAGACCGUCCUCAGUAACAGGCCCGAAAACUGUGCUCCGGAAGAAUAAAACUGAAAAACUCGAUACAGAAUUUUUUUUCCCGUUGAUGUUUAGAAUGUUCGAGGCCGAUACAGGAAAGGCCAUAAAAUAUGUGGCUCAGUUACCUGUUGGACAUUUCCUUUUGGAUUCAUGUUUUCUGGAAGGUUUAAAUUCAUUAACGUUAAUAGUUAAUUUUAACUUUUGUUGUUUUUUUUUAAUUUAAGAGGAUUCAGGAUUAAGCAGCAAGUAAAUUAAAUCAUGCUAUUUAAUUUAAGUAUAA